CGUAAGAGCGGGUCGGUCAGAGCUCGUGAGAUGACGUGCCAAACAGUGCCCAGUUACACCAUGGACAAGACCACCCAGAAGAGUGCAACCACCAGCAGGGACAACAGCUGUAUGGCCACACAGUGGAUUAUGUACGACGAGUACCGCAAGACUGACGACAGAAAGCGGGAAGAUGAGUUGUCUCGAUUGGAUACUCGGAUGGAGAUCGAAUAUUACCUCGGGGAGUACCAAGGACACAUGGACCAGCAAGAGGAACAGCAGGAGGAAGAUGAUGUGGAAGAGAGAGUGGAUCGAGUGCGCGGGGUGGAGGUGUCAGGGCUGCUGCGAGGUCUGGGCUGGGUGGAGCGACAACUCUCCUCUAACGCCAACAUUCACCUCCUCCACGCCUACACUGACUCUGUGCAUCAGACGCAGCAACAGAAAACACGGCUCAAGCCCGGGACAGAGACGAGCGAAUGGUGUGACAGCGACGGUGAGGGGUGUCGGGCGGAGGAACUGUGGCACUACUGGUGUGAAGCCAUCAGCGGCUGUAGAGUCAACGGCGUCACCUUCUGCAGUAGCUCCCCCGUCAGUACCAAUACCUCUUACACUUAAAGAAACUCGAAGGAAUUGAUAUUUACCACAAGUUACUCUAUCUGCCUCUGAAUCAUAUAUUCCCUCAACCAGUAUCUGUGUACAAUGAUACUAACAUGCAUCAUCGUUAUUAUCAUUACCAUUAUUUUUAUUAUUACUAUUAUCAUUAGUGUCUGUGUCUGGUGUGUGUGUGUGUGUGUGUGUGUCUCAGUUCCAGCCAUAGCUCCAGACGUGCAGCAGUUAGAGACGUGAAACUUUACACACAUAUCACCUGAGCGCCAAGGUUGUGCACCUUGGUAUUACUAUUGACCAUGGACCCCCGGGCGGUCUGAGCAAGAACGAAAAAUCUUCCGUGACUGAGAUACCACAACGGCGAGUGUGGGAGGUGGUUACCCGCGUCAGGGAGGACAAACUCUGACAGUCAAGGGCAUACAGCAUAUACCUAACCCGAAAGAAGCCGGACAAUUUUGCUAGUCAAUAAUAAAAACAUGAUUUAUUCUCAUUAUCGCCCAAAUUUUUCAUUUCUAAAUAUAAAUUUCGUAACCCUUUUCUAUGUGAAGUAAUAUCAGUCGGUAUUCCCGACACCAGGUAUAUAAACCGUAGUUAUUACACAUAUUAUAUCUCGCCAGCAUUACCAUCAAGGCAACGACCUGUGACGCAGUUUGACCGUUACAGUGGUUGUUGCUGGUGGCUUACGGUAGCCCCUCCUUCACCCACAACACCGGGGGGCUUCUCUCUGGCUGGAGUGCUAAGAGAAUAGGUCAACCGGAGCUUAGGCUGUCACUGCCGGGUCCGGCCACAGUAGUCAGCUCGUGUCCAGGGGCGCCCCAGCUGUGCUGUGUCGCUCUCCUGGACGGAACGCUUCACGUGUACCAGCUGGAUACCUCCCCCCCACAGCUGGUAAUGGACACCAG